AAGACCAAAGAACACAUUACGCCAAGAAAUGACAACAGACAUGAGAAAAAUGAACAACAAUUGGAUAGAACUAGAAAGAAUGGCUCAGGACAGAGGUGGUUGGAGAAUACUGAUCUCUGUCUUAUGCUCCACUAGGAGGUAACAGGUAUAAAUAACUAAGUAUUAUUACUAUUAAUAUUAAUGUAGGAUACAUUAAUUUUUACAUAAUGAUUGAAAAUUUGUUACAUUUCAUUAACAAAUAAACAACCCCCUAAUUUUUUUUUGUUUUUAAAAUCAAAAUAACAUCGUACGAUAAAUAUUUUUUUUUCUUUUUCAAAGAAAAAAAGAAGAAAACGUAAAAGUAAAUAAGAAAUCUAAUUGAAAUUUGAGUAACUUGAACAAGAGGGGGGGGGCGAGAGGGGGAAAGAGAGAGCGAGAGCGAGAAAAAAAGAGAAAAGAAAGAAAGAAAAGAAGAAAAAAGAAAGAAAUGUUUGUUCGGUCAACAAUGAUUUCUAUUUACUUAUAAUGAAUAUGUAUAUAUAUAUAUAAAUAUUACUGAAUACUUGAUAUUUUAAUACUUAACUAUUUUAACAAGAAAAAAAAAGAGAAGAAAUUAAAGAGAAAACUUUAUUAGAAAAUCAAAAUGUUAUCAAUUUCUAUUGUUGGUACAACUUUAUUACUUAUAAUCAGUUCACAAUUUAUUACAGGUUUCGUUGUAAAUGAAAACAGUACUACAAAUGAUAAGCUUGAAGAAUCACAAUUUUUCUUUGCCCCAGUGGUAACGACUCUUGGAGCUCAUUUGUUAACAUUUUUAAGUGGAUGCUUCUUGGAUAUUGGAAAUUUGAAGAAAUUAGUUUUUCCUGAAUAAAAUACAGGAAUAUGUCGUAUACAAAUAAAAGAAACUUCUGAUAAAAUCAUUUUCAAUUAAAGUGAAACAUCUAUUCUUAUAAAUAAUAAAUGUGUAAAUUUUAC